UUGUACUAAAUAGUCGUAAGAUUGCAGUGUUCGUUACUCUAAAAUACUUUAUUUAGCCGUCGUCGUUGUUACGUUUAACAAAACUCAGCCAGACUUGCUGAAGCUUAUUCUUACCUCAGUUUCCUUUGUGGCUUUUGGACGAGAGACCAUUAUAACUUUUAUGCUAUUCUUAACGCGUUGUAUGGCCUGUCAGUUGGGAUAUACAGCAUUACAAUCAGCAUAAUUGUGAGACAGACGAUUCUGUUUGCUCUCCGUGGUACAAAUUUCUAUCAUUAUUCUCCAGUUCUCAUUCAGACUGACUUCACAGACAGUCAUUACUACACAAUAGUAAAAUAACUCUGGGGGUGCGUACUGUACUUGUAGUUGUACGUCAACAGUGAUAAUUUCCUGAAUUUUUUUUUGUCCUGAAACUUUUGACUUUGUUCCUAAAUGAUUAUGUACUUAGUGACCUUGUUGCUUGUCGCCGAAGGAAAGGAGUUAAAGUCAAGGAUAAAAGAAUUCACCACCACAACAAGAAACAAGAAUAACCACAAAGUCAUGUGGAGUGAUUGGGUGCUAAGGAAAUUGUGAAAAAGUUGGCAUUAGAGCUCAUGUAUUGUGCUUGUAGUGUGAGACUGGUUCCAUAAUACUCACAUCUAUACACGUCUUUACUUGGAUAAAGUCCAGAAAUUUUCGAACAUCCGGCAAACCUUCCCCGCUCGGAAGUACGCGAGUAAGCAGUAUUUCCUUUGAAACCGCGACAAGUUAAUCAAGUAGCUAUUGAUAGCUUUCAAAAUUUCGUCUAAAUUGGCGUCUGAUGAAGCAGUCAGAUUUUUCGCGUUGUUUGGUCGAGAAGUGUCACCGGUUUCCUAGAAAUGUUGUCCCCAUAACUGGAAGUGUUGAGUGAGUGGGAGAAAACACCGCCAUUGAUCUGUUCAAUACAUUCUUAGAGGAGAUCAAGUGCCACCCACCCCACAAACAACUUAAGUGAAGUGGACACUUACUUAAGUGCUUGAGUAACAAGAACCGUGUCGCAAAUCCAAACGGUCGGUUUCAUUCGGAUCAAGAAUCUCAGCAACUCUUAUUUGUCUUCAAACAGAAGAAGACAGUGACUUCAUCUCACCCUAAUUACGCUUUUUAGGUAAAUAAACUGCAGCAAUGACUGUCUCAUACACCGCGGAAGUAGCCACGUGUAAAGGAUUUGGAUGUUUUCUAAAGCUUCUAUUUCGGUGGCGCGGAAGUAUUUACAAACUCGUGUGGCCAGAUCUGUUCCUCUUCCUGGGAACGUAUUUCUCCCUGAGUGUUCUGUACAGAUUUUUCCUCUCGCAUGAUCAACAAAUAGUGUUUGAGAAGAUAACGCGCUACUGCGAAAAAUACGGAAACUUAAUUCCAGUGUCUUUUGUACUGGGGUUUUACGUGUCGAUCGUGGUUGGGCGAUGGUGGAGUCAGUAUCAAGCGAUUCCAUGGCCAGACUCCACGGCUGUCUAUGUUUCUGCCAAUAUUCAUGGCCAGGACGAGAAGGCGAGGAUCAUGAGACGCACGAUUAUGCGAUACUGCUGCCUCGCUUCUACAAUGUGCUUUACGCUUAUCAGUCCCCGAGUCAAGAGAAGAUUUCCGACGCUUGAUCAUUUCGUGGAAUCAGGUCUACUCAUGGAGAACGAGAAGUCGAUAAUAGACGCUUUGAAUCAGAAGCACAGCCAUCCAAAACACUGGUUGCCUAUUGUCUGGGCUUGCAGCAUCGUCACGAGGGCCAGGAAGGAAGGAAAAAUUCGCGACGACUUCGCAGUCAAGACUAUUUUGGACGAAUUGAACAAGUUUCGUGGGAAUAUGGGCAGUCUCACUCAAUACGACUGGAUCAGUGUACCUCUCGUCUACACGCAGGUUGUUACGCUGGCCGUGUAUUCUUUCUUCCUCUCGUGCGUCAUGGGACGCCAAUGGAUCAAACCGGAUCUCGAGACGUGUGCCGAUCCCAAAAAUUGUACUGGCGAGAUUGAUUUAGUCUUCCCAAUUUUUACUACUUUACAAUUUUUCUUCUACAUGGGAUGGCUCAAGGUUGCCGAGUCUUUAGUCAACCCAUUUGGAAAUGAUGAUGAUGAUUUUGAACUAAAUUGGAUGAUCGACCGAAACUUGCAGGUGUCGUACUUAAUUGUGGACGAGAUGCAUCACGAGCAUCCAGAGCUAUUGAAGGAUCAAUACUGGGACACCGUCCUUCCAUCCGAAUUGCCCCACACGGUAGCCUCCGAGCAGUAUAAAGAGGAGCCUCCGUCUCAUUCUACUGCCAACCUUAUCGUGUCUUAUCAAGAUGGGGAAAUUGUCUCACCUCCAUCAGUCAAGUCCAUUCAUCAAAUGUCAGAAUCUGGCGAACCCGGAAGACGUAUCUCUAUGACGCCUUCCUCCAAGUUCGGGGGGAGCUUCCUUCGCCGGGGUCGGACCCCAAGUAUGAAGUCCAACGCGAGCCAGAGCACUUUAGGAGGAGAGAGCGUGACUGGAAAUAUGAGUCGGGCGGGCUCCAUCACGUCCGUAUUUCGACGAAUUUUCUCCAGAGACCGUGGGGACAGGGUUGACCCCCAGUCGCCAAGUGUGCAAGAUGGUCCGAUUGGUGGACCCAUCAACUGGGCCGGCAGCAGUAUCAACAUGCUCAACAGAAACGUUGCAGAAGAAGUUAUUCCAGAGCUGGACGAAAAUUUGACGACAAUCAUCUCAAUGCGGGAGAAAGAAAAGAAACCAACUGUUCAGGACAUAUUUGGCCCAAAUGUGUCAAACGCUCCACCAGCAUCGAAGCCAAUUGACGUCCCCAAAACGACAGCAGAACAUCGACCACCGCCAACCAUUUCGCAACCCUUGUUCACAAGAAAUGCAUCUGAGCCUGGAGUAAUGACGGAGCCUAGUCGGAGACCAACCACGUUAUCCACCUCAGUCCCGUUGACGACGACGACAAGGCCAAAGUUUGAGUUGUUUCCAGUCUCACCUGACAUGGAAGAUGGGUCAAGGGAUGACACAGAAACACAUCCCGGGAUGGCAGCAUUUGCGCAACACGAGGGUCUCAAGACUUCUAUUUCGCAGCCUGAAAUUUCAGCUCUAGACGAUGACGACGAUGAUGAUGAAGAUGAGCGUCUACGGAGUAAGAAUAGGAACACGGCUACAAGUUCGGAUAGCCUGGCUAAAAAACUGGCCAAGACUUUCGGUAUGAAGGACAAGUCUGGAGAAGGAGAUGAGAAGGCGGAGGUGCAUCUUCUCAGUGACGUUAGUGGAAGUAGGGACGAUGAUGACAGUUCUUCUUCACCGUAGACCAGGCUUCAAUUAUUAAUUGGUAAUUUCUCUCCCAUGCAUCUCACUCCGUAUUUCGCAUGCCCACGAACGAACCAAGAACCUGGAUGACGUCUUAACCAAGUUAUAACCACAUUAGCAACUAUUGAGUGCUACCUCCCAUACACACACUGACUUAAUAAUUCUGCAAAAGCUUUGUCGUGCAGGCAGCAGAUCUCAGUAUACUGAGUAUUUUAUGACUCCAAGUAGGUCAUAGACGAACUCUGGCAUCAAACUGCUAAACAAAUUAGUCAACCGUAUCUUAUUGUGCAACGUGGAACUUUUUGUGGUUUCCAAAUCCUAGGACUUUGUGCACAUAGUUUUGUAAUAUAAUAAUAAUGAUGAUGAUUAAGGAUCGCCUUUCAAAUUCAGGGUUCAUAAUUGCAUUUAUAAAGUUCACAAUAUGACCGUAUCAGCUUUAAUGCGAUUACAAGUGCCAAAUAAUAGGAUGUAUACACAUAUUUAUAUUACAUAUGUGCAUGCAUUAGAAUCAUGAAUAACUGUGACUAUACACUGACAAAUAGUGACAAAAGUGUACAAUCAAUUCACAUGGUGUAAGUAAAUUAUAAACGAUGAAUUUUUGACCAUAAAAACGACAUAUGAAUGCAUACAUAGGGGCAGUAAUGAGAUUAUUAUUUGUUCACAUUCCUUUUAUACACACACAACAUACGUACAUACAUUUCUCAUAUGAAAAAUAGAGUUAAUUCUAUUUUGUAUCAAGAAAAACAUUAUGCAAUUAAAACUUGUAUGUACAGUUCAUAACCUGAGUAUUACUAGUGAUUAUUAUACUAUUGUUCUUUGAAACAUGAAAUAUUUAACUGUGUUGUAAUAAAAACGCUAACUGAAAGAGACGAUGAACAAUAAGUACA